UGACAGCUGUCAAAUCAACCGAGCUGUCAGUGAGCCAUUUUUCGGUAUCCUCACCCUAGUGAAUUAGGAAUUUUUACACUUACACAAAAAAAAAAUUAUUUAUAACCGAUAAUGGCAAGCUGGGGCUUUGGAGACUACCCCCCCGAAUACAACCCCAAGGUGCAUGGACCGUACGAUCCCGCCCGCUACUAUGGCAAAGCUGACGUUCCGUUUGGUCAAGUGAAACUGGGGGAGAUUGGAGGGUGGCUCGCUCGCCGCAACAAAAACCCUAGGGCUCUUGUUUCCGCUGUCAGCAGGGCUUACUGGAGAUGGAGCCAUAAAUAUGUACAACCCAAGAGGGCUGGAAUUGCCCCAUUUUUACAAGUUCUGUUUGGUGCCAUGGGCACAUUCUAUUUCUUGAAUUACCACAGGAUCUCUCAGCACAGGAAUUACAAGUACCACUAAUGCUGAUUUAGUUGGAGAGCAGUUGUAGCAGUUUAAUAAAACAUUGAAUGUUUCUUUUUUUUUUAAAUUCUUGCGAUAAUAUGGUAAUAUAUAGUUAUUCAUUUUGCUUCAA